AUGCCUAUUGCUAAACCAGCUAACCAGGUUGCCUCCACCAUAACUAGCCAACACCUUUCUGAUAGGGUGUUGGAGAUUCAAGAUGCCUUCGAAGUAUCUCCCACCAAAUUGCAGCAGAUCGUUGCUCACUUUGUGGAAGAACUCAAGAAGGGACUGUCUGCAAAGGGCGGUAAUAUUCCCAUGAUCCCUGUCUGGGUCAUGGACUACCCCAACGGAACCGAAACCGGUGACUAUCUGGCAAUCGACUUGGGUGGAACCAACCUGAGAGUUGUCCUCGUUCACCUGUUGGGAGGCCAAAAGUUCGAAACUGAACAGGAGAAAUACCAUCUUCCCAAAGGAAUGAGAACUACGAGGAAUAGAGACGAACUGUUUGAGUUUAUAGCUGAUUGCUUAGAGAAGUUUUUCUACAAGCUGCAUCCGAACGGAAUCGAGAAAGGUACUCUCCUUCCAUUGGGAUUCACAUUUUCUUACCCUGCCUCUCAAACAAGAAUCGACACCGGGGUCCUUCAAAGAUGGACUAAAGGUUUUGAUAUCCCUAACGUCGAAGGUGAGGACGUUGUCCCAUUAUUGAUGGACAAAAUUAACGAAAAAAAGCUGCCAAUCAAAGUGGUUGCCUUGAUUAACGACACCGCUGGAGCCCUAGUUGCUUCCAGAUACACCGACCCCACAACUGAGAUGGGCCUGAUUUUUGGAACCGGUGUCAACGGUGCUUACUAUGAUAGGGUCGGAAACAUCGAAAAGUUGAAAGGAAAGCUUUUACCGGACAUUACCGAUGAAUCUCCAAUGUUGAUCAACUGCGAGUACGGAUCCUUUGACAACGAACAUGAGUCUCUCCCACGUACAAAGUACGAUAUUCUUAUCGACGAACAAUCCCCAAGACCAGGGCAACAAGCCUUCGAGAAGAUGACUGCUGGUUACUAUUUGGGUGAACUCAUCAGACUAAUCCUUGUUGAACUUUACGAAGAGAAACAGGUGUUCCAAAAAUAUUCCAAGGAUUCUGAACAGAUUAAGUUACUAUAUACCCCAUACCUCCUAGACACAUCUUUCCUGGCCGAAAUUGAAGGUGAUCAGGACUUGGAGAAUUUCCCAGAGGUUGUCCGUCUUUUCCAAGAGUUCUUGAAGAUUGAGCCCACAUUGGAUGAAAGAAGGUUAUCCAGAGCACUAUCUGAGAUCAUCGGAAACAGAUCAGCCAGACUUUCUGUCUGCGGAAUUGGAGCUGCUUGCACCAAGAUGAAUAUCAAGAAAUGCCACUGUGCCGCUGACGGUUCAGUCUUCCACAAGUAUCCAAAGUUCCCAGAACGUGCUGCAGACUCCUUGGCUGAUAUUUUUGGAUGGAAGGAACAGAAUAUCCAACCAAAGAACUACCCAAUUCAAAUUGUACCGUCUCAGGAUGGAUCAGGAGUCGGGGCUGCCGUUAUUGCUGCUCUUGCCCAUGCUAGACAGGCAAAGGGUCUGUCUCUGGGAUUGGCUGAAGCUUACAAAAAAGCCUAG